UAACGGAGUCCUCACUCGGGUCAUGACGAUUCCCCCGCUCAUGUUACAGGUGAAGGUACCCACCCAUGGCUAUGCUCGGAAACUCUCAAAACUCUUCCAUUUGGAGAGCUUCCUCGUGAAUUCAACUACUCCUUAUGCCUACGCUCAUACGUCAAUUCUUUUCUUAUAGAAGCGAUGAGUCCUUACAGUACGGCAUUUUCAAAAUAGUAGCCCCGGCAUAAACGGCCCACUAUGUCUUCUCAGGAAUCCCAGGUGUCGCCUAAAGAUGCGUCAUACGAACUUCUUUACUGGCCUGGCUUCCCGGGCCGUGGAGAAUUCAUUCGCCUGGCACUAGAAGAAGCUGGUAUUACAUACAUGGAUACAGCACAAUUCAAAAACGGCAUAGAUCAAGUCAUUGCACAGUACGAUGAAAAAAAUCUAGGGGACGACUUCAAUCCGCCACCGUUCGCGUGCCCUAUACUCCGCCAUGGCGAUCUCCUCAUCUCUCAAACUUCUAACAUCUUAUUAUACUUAGGACCGCGACUCGGACUGGUCCCCAAAGAUGACAAGCACCAUGAUGCAUUAUACAAGGUCAAUAUGCUGGCACUCACAGCCCUUGAUGCCUUUAGCAAUGAAAUGCACGAGAGCCACCACCCUAUCUCCGUAGGCUUGUACUACGAAGACCAGAAGGAUGAGGCUAAACGAAGAACUAAGGACUUUGUCCAGACCCGACUCCCCAAAUUUCUCAGCUAUUUUGAGCGUGUGAUCCAAGGCAAAGCAAGUGGAGAGGGGCCAUGGCUAUAUAGUGGACAAUUGACUUAUGCAGAUUUAGUGCUAUUCCAAGGCCUCAACGGUGCCAAACAUUCCUUCAGGAAGGCCAUGGCUGCUGCUGAAAAAUCAGGCAAGUAUAAUCGCGUCUUCGAGUUGUAUGAAGCAGUGAAAGAACGGCCUAAGAUCAAGGACUACUUAGCGAGCAAAAGAAGGCUGAACUACGCAAAUGGCCUUUUCCGGUACUAUGAAGAGUUAGAUUUCGACCUUGAGGAUCGCGACUAGGGAAUAUCUACUCAAAAGAGUUACAAUAAGACUGUAUGGAAUAAAAAUGAUUGUUCUUGUAAUAUCUUGUGACUAAGGCCUAUAAAAAAGGGCG